CCCACGUGACGGUUCUCCAAACACCGGUGUAGGUUGGUUGUUGGUUGUAGCAACCGGAGUAGCGACACGACGGCUUAACAACACUUUAUGAAUUUGGUGUUUAUAACUAGUAUUGUGUCUUUUAUGAAGCUCAAUGUAUGCAGAAUUAAAUAAUGAAUCUGGGUGAUGGCCUGGUGUUUGAGCUUGAGAAUGGGAAGCCCAAGCUUGUGUUAGCCCACUGUGGCGAGUCAAAGGCCUCUGGUAAAAUGGGAGUUUGUAAAGUCCCUCCGAAGAACAGACAACUGAAAGCCACAGCCAUCUCCAAACUGGGUCCUAAAGCAGAGGAAAGAUGGCAGAGAGACAGGAAGUGCAGAGAUAUCAGCAGAGGUGUCAAUCACGCCGAACCCGGCAGCCGAAAGACCAAACCGCAGAGCAGGACGGAUCGCUGCAGCGUCAUCGGGGUGGUCAGGGUGCCGUCAGAGAGCAAAACCGAGUCUGCUAAUGAAACGUCCAACGUCAAGAGCAUAAAGGAGAGCUUAGUGUGUUUAACUCAGGAGCAACUUCAGCAGAUCCUCAACAGCGUCAAGGCGUCAGGGCAAAACGCCCGAGACGAUUCUACAGCUCAUGUCCAAAAUGGACCAGCUGCACAAGAGGAAGAAACUGAAACAGUGACUAGUGCAAGUGGCAAGGACAAACAAAUAAACUCUCCAGGGAAAGGAAAUGCGGAAAAAACCCUGAGUGAUUCCACCCCAGCAGGCCUGUUCAGCACUUUUGGAGAACACGAGCAGAAGAGAAACACGCUUGAGGCUAAAAAAGCACAAUGGAGAAGAGAGCUAGACGAGCAGAUGGCACUUAAAAAGCAGCUGAAAGAGAGCGCAGAGAUUCUGGCUCGUAGCGAGCAGCCCAGAGACACGGAAGCAGGACCGAGAUCUAGUGACCAGCUGUUUGGGGUGCAAAAGGACAGAAUAACACAGAUGGGCACAGAAAACGCAAACAACCGGCCACCAGCUCCUCAGACACGCAGCAAUCCGAUGGCUCUUCCCUCGGCCAUCCGCUCGGCGUUUGUACUGGGGGAAGCCGCACCACUGGAGCAUGCGUUCAGCGCAGAGAAGAAAGAGCAGCAGAGACGCUGGCUGCAGGACUUGGAGCAGCAGAGAGAGGAAACCAAACUGCGCAGGAAGUUGGAGAAACAGAGCCAGAACCAGCCAGAGGAUCAUGAGCGCUGGGCCAUGCACUUUGACUCAUUUCAGCAGCGUCUCCCAGUACAGCCUCCUUCCACUGCGGAGCUCAACCUAUACAGCUCCCUCUCCCAAUACCGCGCUCCCUCUCAGGCUCUGUCCACCGCCUGGGAGACCGCGAGUACAUGCGGAGGGGACAGUAUGGGCCGAGCCAGUGUGGACACCACUCAGGGCUGUCAGCCGAAGAGCAGCUACCUGCGUACCAUGACUGCACUGCUGGAUCCAGCUCAGAUAGAGGAGAGAGAGAGGAAGCGUGUGAAACAGCUCGAAUUUCAGCGAGCUAUCGAUGUUCAGGUGGAGGAGCGGAGGCGACAGAAAGAGAAAGAAGAGGCCAUUCGGCAGAUCAUGGAGCAGAAGGAAGAGCUCCGAGUCGCUAAACAGUGGGAACUUGAAAACCUGAGAGACACUCAGCUGCAGAGACAAAAGGAGUUACAGGCACGCAAAACAGAGGAGCUGUAUCGGAACAUGCAGAGGACGUCCGAGGAAGUGCAGAAACACAAACACCUGAUGGAGAAAGGCCAUGAUGUUUCUAAUCAGUUGCGGAGUGAAACUACCUCACAGGCAUUGAUUGGUCAAGGUUCAGAGAGUUCGGCUACACUGGACACCAUAACAGAAGCUCCACACACAGCCCGGAAAGACACUGCGGUUCAGACAGAAACAAAUCCAGGUAGGCCAUUCCCUGAAACCAACGGAGGCAUUCGAGCUGCAGUCGAGUACAAGGCUCCUCCCGAUAUAAAAAGAUCCAGACGUGAUGGAAGACUGGCUGAAAAGGACAGCGGAAAAGAGAACAUGUGCGCGGCCGUCAAAGGAGCAGAUCCUUACGAAGCCUACGCCCGAACAGACCGAACCCACGGACGACAGCAGCUCUGCCACAGACCAGAGUGGAACAAACACAGGCCCGGGAAGGCGUUUGUUCCUGCCUCAGAGCGUUACCCUGCUACCCAGCAGAAGCACAGGCAGGAGAACAAGAUGCGCAGGCAGAUGGAGCUCAUGAACCUGGCGGAGAGGAACACGCGUUCCAGAACGCCACAGCAAGCGAAGCCUCCGCGUUCUGGAAAUCCGUCUCGCGUUCAGCAGCACUCGAACUCAGCUUGUCAGAAAGACGAAGAUUCGCAUCGAGUACAAUCUGCCAGUCAAAUUAGCAGAGUUCCCUCUCCGCCCGUCCCUGCAGUGUUGCGCAGACUCCAGGUUCAUCCUCCGUCCUGUGCAGAGGAACAGUCAGAGAGCUGCGGCCGGCCUCCGUCAGCCGAUUACGUCCCGUACGUGCGCACGGACGAGGUUUACCACUUGGAUCCUCUUGCCCCGAUCUCCAGACCCACCACAAACGAAGGACCACAGAGGAUACAUGCAGAUUUGUCAGACGUAAGCAGCAGACAGCACACCUCCCCUCUGGUGCAGCGGGAUCCCCUCCUCCACCCUGAGCUGCUCAAGGGCACAGAGAGACAGCAGGCUAUUCUCAAAGGCUUGUCUGAACUCAGACAGAGCCUGCUGCAGAAACAGAGAGAGCUAGAAACCAGCCUCGGCCCUUUACUGCAGGGGCAAAGCAGAACCCAGAUUUCCAGCCCCCCUGAGAGAACCACAGAUGUCGGUCGAGAGUAUGAUCGAUAUACGCCAGCACUUUACUCUCCACAGGGAAACACUCACUGAGGAUCUGAAUGCAAAUCACACACGCACUUUUUGGUAACAGUAUUUAGAGUUCCUAAAUACAUAUUAUUCCUCUUUAUGUUAAUAUUUAUUGAAUUUAGCUGAACUGAUUAGAUUAGUGUGGUUAAUUUUAAUCAGUUAAGGUAUUAUUUAUUGGGUUGCUAAUUAUGACAGUAUGCACAUGGACAAUGUGAAUUUCUCACUCUUUUUAACCAGGUACUUGAAACCUUUAAUGUGAAUUAAAGUAUUUUUGACUUUGGUAAA